AGACCACCAGAUGCCUCGCAAGGGAAUUUUCAAGUCUGGAAACGCUGGAAACUCCUCCAAAUCCUCAAAGCAGACCCCGGCUCCCCAAGAAGACUCAGACAAGGCCAAAUCUCUUUUUCCGCCUGGGUACAAAUGGCCUUCAAGUCUCUUGCACGAGAGGUGUCAGAAGAAUGGGUGGUCAAAACCGACAGUAGAUGCGCGUAAACAAGGUAACGGGUUUUCUUUUGUAGUAACGCUGGCGAAGACGACUAGCAAGUCAUCAAAUCAGCUAGAGACUGUUCGUCUUGAGCCACAUCCUCCCUACAUUCGGCCUACCGCCCUAGAGGCACGUCAAUGGGGCGCUACCUACGCGUUGUAUCGUUUCUGCAAUAGUAUCCAACUCGAUCGAGUACUUCCUCCCGGCCCUCGAGAGUACUGGCAAGAACUCGCCGCCGAGUACAAGGGCGUGCCAGAACAUCAAAAGUGGAUGUACAGCCCCGACCCAUUUGCUGCUCGCAAAGAGGUCGAUGAACGACAGGCUAAGGCAGCCAAGAAGAGGGAGGAGGUACCUUCAGAACGGGAGGGCAGAGGUGCCUCCAAUUCCGCAUCCCAUGAAUUUGCCAAUGCGCCUGAAGUAAAGAUGGCGAGUACUUUGCGAGAUCUUACCGAAGAUACCGUCAAGAAGGCAAAUAUUAAUGGCGCCAACUCACAUGAUGCGGCCUUGACAGUUCUUCUCGAGGACGACAUUCCUGCGGUUUCGAAACAGCUGUCCCAGCUUGGUUUCCAGCUUGCUCCGAUACGAAACGUGACCACUACGUUGUCUAAAGAGACAUUUGGAUCUGCUUUCUUGGCUACGCUUACUCCUCUGGAAGCUUGCAUCGAAUACCUUAUUCUUCACGUCCCUGAAUGCGAUUUACCGCCUCGGUUCCUGCCGAAUAGCAAUUCUUCCAACCCUUUUGUUACGGCUGGACACUCUGGCAAAGAUAGUGACUUAAAGAAGCGAUGGAUCGAGGACAAAGCUAUUAAAGAUGCUGGCUGGCCAGCCCACAUUGUGAAAGAAGUCACCCUUGAUGCUCGCGCUGUGGACAAUUUCGAUUACCUCGUUGCACAUCUCGGAGCCAAGCUUAUAGGUCUUAGUCACGAAGAUUUGGCAAACCUUAACUCGGAGGCUGAACUCAUAUCUGUCGAUGAGUUACAGCUCAGCGAUGAUAACCUUGAAGGCUUGGGUGCUCACAAGCCUGAUGAGACGAUUAUUAUCAUGCCUCUGUUCGCUGCCCCCAUCGAACUGCAUAUCUUCCUCCCGACUGACUGCUCUAACUCGUUCAAUGGCUAUCCACCCAUAUACCUUUCAUCGACUACCGUUCCGCCGUACGUUCGCUUGCAUCUAGUGUCUCGUCUCCUGGAAGCCAUGAAGACCGGGGGCUGGAUAGAAGAAGGCGAGGGUUUCUUGAUGGCUGCACUUAGAAUUCUGGAAGAACACUGGGAGUUAAUGGAGAGCCAGGGUCGACCCGAAAUCGCCGAGGUGCUUAAACAUCUGCUUGCUCCUGUGGAAGUCGCUAUCACCGCCACGGCCCCCGUAGAGGCGAAGUCUCGAAGCCUCAAACAAUCUCGUCGAGUGCGACAACAUCACGGCGAUGAAAGAUCUGACGCUCAGGUAAAAGCUGACUUCGACACACUUCGCCAAAGUAAAGGGUAUUUGAAUAUGCAGCCAGCUCGAGAACGUUUACCUGCGUUUGCUGCCAAGGCCAAAUUCCUGUCGACACUAGAAAAAAACAGGGUGGUGGUAGUUGUUGGGGAGACAGGAUGUGGUAAAACGACUCAGCUGCCGCAGUUCAUCCUGGACUCGGAGAUCCUCUCGAAGAGAGGAAAGGCAGCAUCUAUCAUUGUCACCCAGCCUCGCAGGAUAUCUGCAAUAUCAAUCGCCGCCCGUGUGGGCGCUGAACGCGCAGAUGACGGCUCUGUCGGAUAUGCCAUACGUGGAGAAAGUCGCCGAACCAGUAAGACCAAGCUCACGUUUUGUACAACUGGAGUUGUGCUGCGGCGACUUGGUUCAGGCGAUAAAUUACAGGAUGUUACCCAUGUUGUCGUUGACGAGGUUCAUGAACGUUCCGUAGACAGCGACUUCUUGCUCUUGGAACUGAAGGAACUUCUUAAGACACACACUUCACUUAAGGUGAUCCUAAUGUCAGCCACCAUCAACCACGAAACAUUUGUGCGUUAUUAUGACAAUGCGCCCAUGCUCACCAUUCCCGGUUUUACGCACCCCGUCACGGACUUGUACAUGGAAGAUUUCAUUGGAUCAGUCUUUUACAAAGCCCACAAUGUCAAAACCCGUAAACUUGCGGAGGACGACCCUUACUUUGUGGAACUCAAAGCCAAGGGUCUCGAUGAUGACACUAUCCAUAAAUUGUCGAGUAUAACGAAAGCAAAUCGCAUCGACUAUGAAUUGAUUGCAGCCUUGGUACAACACAUCCGUGGUACUGCCAAGAAAGGAGGCAUCCUGAUCUUCUUACCAGGCGUCCAAGAAAUCCGGCAAUGCCUAGAGACCAUCAGACGUGUCAUCGAUUCAGCGGACGCUGUACUAUUUCCUCUCCAUGCUAACCUGACGAGCGACGAACAACAGAAAGUCUUUCAGCCGACUAAAAAAUGGAAGAUUAUUGCUGCCACUAAUGUUGCUGAGACAUCUAUUACUAUAGAUGAUAUUGUCUAUGUUAUUGACUCUGGUAGAGCUAAGGAAAUCAGCUACGAUCCGGACAAUGGCCUCACGAAACUGGUCGAAAAGUGGGUCAGUAGAGCUGCCAUCAAACAACGAAGAGGUCGUGCUGGCCGUACACAACCCGGAACCUGCUACAAACUCUACACUCAGAGGCAUGAGCAGAAUCUUGCUGGAUUUUCCGUUCCCGAGAUUUUACGAACACCUUUGGAAAAUAUAUCUCUCACAGUUAAAGUCAUGCGCGAGCACGAAGACGUGAAGUCCUAUCUGAGUCGAGCCAUUGAUCCACCCGAGGUGACUGCAAUUGAAAAAGCUUGGUCUAUUCUCGAGGAGCUUGGUGCGGUGGACCUAUCCGGCCAGCUUACACCCUUGGGCCGACACAUUUCGCAACUCCCUGUUGACCUUCGAUUGGGAAAAAUGCUUGUUUUAGGAACUCUUUUCCGUUGUCUCGAUCCAAUUCUCUCUGUGGCUGCUUGCUUAUCUUCGAAGCCCGUGUUCUUAAAUCCGAUGGAUAAACGAGAAGAAGCCUCACAAGCGAGACUAAAGUUUGACAAGGACAACAGCGAUUUAUUGACGGAUGUGAACGCAUACAAUGAAUGUGUCCGCUAUCAGUCUGAAGGGAAGGGAAGAAGCUCAUUCACAUCAUAUUGCGGCGAGAAUUUCAUUUCUCACGUCGCCGUCCGAGAAGUCGCCUCGAUGCGUCAAGACUAUUUCUCCGCCCUUUCAGAGCUUGGCCUUGUAUCUCGUUCCGCCGGCCCUACGUCUGAAGCAUUGAAUACGAAUAGCGCUAAUACUAACCUCAUCAAAGCGAUCAUAUUAGGCGGCCUCUGGCCGAACGUUGCGCGAGUCCAUCUUCCCAGCUCCGCCAUCAAAUUCGAUAAGAUCCAGGCGGGCACUGUGCAACGGGAGAACGCAGCCAAAGAUUACAAGCUGUACGAUCUCAAGGAAGGGCGUGUAUUUUUGCAUCCCGGCUCUGUCUUGUUCGGCACCACGGACUGGAAGACUGGCUUUGUGGCGUAUUUUCAGAAGCAGAUGACGUCCAAGGUGUUCUUGCGGGGCGCCACUGAGGUCCCUAUGUACGCACUGCUCCUUUUUGGAGGGCUCGUCACCGUCAACCACGUAGGUGGCGGCCUCACGGUUGGCAGUUCAGAUGCUGUGAUCAAACUGCGUGCUUGGCCUCGAAUCGGCAUUCUCGCGAAUCAGCUCAGACGCCUGUUGGAUGGCCAACUGUUGCGGUGCAUUGAGGAAGGCACAAGCUUAGAUUCUCUCUUCGAGGGGGAAAACAUUGUCCUUAAUGCCAUGCUGGCUCUGUUGACACGAGAUGGGCUAAGUUUAUAAUAUACAUAAAUUACAAUUCAACGAUGUUUCAAACACCAGCUGUUGUACAAUGGUUGGCAAUGCAAUGGUAGUGAUAUACAUGACGUUUGUAUGCUGAGCAGGAAUUAUAGGAUGGAGAUGAGGGAUAUAUAUGCGUGCAGAUAAUUAAGGGAUUAGGGGAUUGUAGUGAUCAGAUCAAUGCUUAGGUUCAUGAGUUUCAGUCAUGUCCACGUUUCUUCAAGCGUGUCUAACUAUGGUUUUCGACGCAUAACAGGGUAGAUGUUUCCUCGAUUUGAAAGUCAACUUCCGCCCGCUGGCGCUGGAGAGCAGCGAGCCUUUCGUUAAGGUGCACCGACAAGUCCUCGGGGGGAUACUGUCCUUCGGAACCAGCCUUGGGUUUUGACUGGCCGGAUCGUGAUGCUCGAGAAGGAGACGAAGAACGCCUGUCGCGUUUGGUGCGACGAGAAGAAUCGGUCCGCUGCAGAGGUCUACCGGUGCGUGGCGACUCGUCCAUCUCCGGAAUGGUGUCCAUUGUAGCGUCACGAGCCAUGCGGGAGGCGGUCUCGCUCUUCCGGCGGGAGAAAAGUUUGCGGAGGUGUGAGGCCUGGGGAGAGGAAGGGGAGGACAGAGACUCCUUCGAACUUGAGGGCUCCUGGCGGCCGAAUGGCUUAAAACGUGAUGACUUCGGUCUGGCCCGAGCUUCAGGUGUGACGGAAGCGGAAGUCAGGGGUGGAAUUGGUGGGUCACAAGAUAAAGACGUCUUCGAAGAAGCCCAGGGGUUGGAGAAGGAAACUACUGAUUCCUUGUCUUGCUCCUUGUGUGACUGCAUGGACUCCACGGCAUCUGUUUGCGGAGGGUCAGUCGUCCUUGCUUUCUUCCUCCUGAACGUGCGAAGGAGAUCAUUGCGAAUGAGGCCUCGAGCUUGAUAGGCGGCUCUCUCGAGAAGAGGACGUUUCGAAGUAACAUCUGUACACUCUGAAACGCUGUCCGUAACUUCUAAAGACUUGUCCGUAGGCGAGAGAGUUCCGGUAUCAUCAUUCACCAUGGUCUCUUCCGAAGCACGUCGAGAGUCUUCCGAAGCACAUCGAGAAUCUUCCUCGCUGUUCUUCUUGGAGUUAAACAGAUUCGAGGUAUAAGACGGUAUCUUCGCGAAGGCCAACACGAUAGGUCUGAGCGGAGGCGAGCCGCUAGGAGCUUCCGAGGUGAGUGACCACCGGCGCCGGAUUGGAUUGGAUGGUCCUCCGAUGCCCUCAUUGGCAUCCCCAAGUGGCACUUUAGAAAAGGACCAACGUCUUCGUUGAUUGGCAAAGACUGACGGACGCGUCACGGCGGGCUGGCUUUUCACGGAGUCAUUCGGUGUGUCUUGUCCAAUAAUCUCCUUCGCUUUCAACCCAAUAGUCACGAAGGACUUGACAACCUCGGAAGACAUAGAUCUGAGUAUCAUCGAUGGUCUGCGAAGAGGUUUUGGACGCGACGUUCCUGGCGAAGGAGGUUUGUCCAGUGGACUUGGAUCGCAGCCUUCGGUAGGGACAAGACUACUUUUAUCAUGAUGUCCAUGAUCUGUAGUAGGCUGUGAAGGAGGGCGACUCUUGAUAGGACGACGUUCUGGUGUAGGGAGUUUCAAUCUUGGCAUGAUAUACACCCCACAAGCUGUUACAAUGCUCAGCACAACUCCAUACGCCGCGUAAACAAGCGUGCAAAACGUGAUAAAGUGUUUCUUCCAGCUCAUAUCGAAGCUGUACUCUGUGAUAGAGGUU